CCAAGUUUAAGAGGCCUGGAGAUGCCGUGCAGGUUCCGCUCUAACUAAUUUUCGCAGCUUUUCCCAGUAUAUUGCCGUUAGAGCACUACCACUAAAUGUUGGCUGACCAACUGGCUGCUAGUGACUCAUAGUACGGAGUCCGUAGAGAAGCAGUCAUCGAAACCCCACCAACAUCUGUAACGGAUGCUCAGCCCCACCUGAGCUUUCGGGAUUCAAUAUCGCCUCUUUGCUCUCCGAGUGUUGAUUUCAAGUUAAAUAAGAUCUUACGAGUCUUGCUCUUUGCUUUUCGAUCGUCUGGAAUCACAUAGCAGGAGUUUGUUUUGUUUUACUGUCCCUGGUUUUGGCGUUGCGGCUCUCCUUUGUGUGUACAAUAUCCGUCACCUCCGUGACACUUGUCCAACAAUUAUCAGCUCAGCCAUAUUGGAUUCUCUUGAUUCGACGUCUUCAAUCAUGAUUGCACUCAAGACGCAGCCAGACGGGUCGCCUUUGGAUAGGAGGCAAGCCGUAACAGACACCCCCGAUGCCCGGGUUGUGUCCAAGCCCGUGCCUGAAGCACAGAUUCAGGACCCGCGCGGCUAUCACAUCGAACAGCUCAAGAGGAGAUUCUCACCCAAAGAGUCCACGACUGCGGCGGGAGAGACAUCUCUGAUAUUCAAGCUUAAGCCUUCAGAUCCAGAUUUUCCCUUUGAGCUACCCUACUUGGAUUGUGAUGUCCGCGUUCCUGAGGACUAUCCGGAAGAAAGGCCGGUGCUGUUAGUCAGGAAUAAGGAUAUCCCUAAGGGGUUCAGCAUCAAUGUUGAGAGAGGCUGGGAUAGGCUCGCCGAGGAGAAGAAGGGUUCAACUCUCUUAGCAUUGGUCUAUGCUUUGGACAGGAAUCUGGAACGAUUCUUGUCGGAGCAGAAAGUCGAAACGAUCAAACUAGUAUCGUUCAAAGACACGAGACAUCUCGACCAAGUAGCGGAACAGAAACAGUCGGCUGCUAUCGAGUCUCCCAUAGCGGAAGCGCAGGUUGCUCCCAGCCCUCCUCCAAGACGAUAUAUCCCGGAACCAUCAUACACUAGAGAACAGAUUGCCGAGGCGAAAGCAAGGCGAGCUCAGGAGAUUCGACAACUCGAGGCGAGAAUGGGAAGGAUGCCUCAGUUCCGCCGUUCUGCUGAUGGUGUCAUUUUCACGCUACCACUCGAGCCAAAACGUCGUGCUGAGCUCCCUUCUGGUUUGCACUCGGUCAACAGCAUUCAUCUAAUCAUUCCGCUCUUGUAUCCGCUGCAGCAGCUGCGCGUGCAGCUAAAUGAAGCAAACGCCGAUGAUGCAGAACCCAUUGAAGACCUCUUUGCAGAAAAGGUUCUGGAGCAGAAGAACAUGACACUUAUGAGUCAUGUCAAUUAUCUGGCUCAGAACCUCCAUAAUCUUGCAAAGCAGGCGCAUGAACUGGCAUUAAAGGCUGAGAAGGAGCAGGCGGCGGCUGCGGCUGCGGCAGCGAUACAGGAGCAGCAGUCUCAGUCACAAACUAACGAAGAGGCUUCUGCCAGCUCAUCGCAGCCUCUUAUCAAAGGAAAAGGUCAUAUUCAGGUCAUUCCUCGGCCUCCUGAAUGGAGCAUUGGCCACGAAGAAGACGAAUCAGAAGAAGAUAGCUACGAAGACUCUGAUGAAGACGGUGGGGCAAUAUUGGGAAAUGACGAUGAUGUCGCGGCAGUUCCAUCGUCUAGUGAGGCGGUUGAACACGGCACUAUGAUCUCGUUUCCAAACAUUGAACUUCACAGCGUCGAACUUUUACAGAUAUCGAUCCUGAGUCUGAGUGUCAAGUGCGAGAGAUGCAAGACGUUAAAUGACAUGACCGGGCUCAAGCCUGGAGUCGAAAAGACGUCGAGCUGCAAGAAAUGCGCGACACCUCUCGCUGCCAAAUUCAACCAACAGCUUGUUCAUGAGAAUUCGGCAAGGGCUGGGUUCAUUGAUCUCUCAGGAGGCAAGGUGGCAGAUAUGCUGCCGAGCACCUUUGUGCCUACGUGCGCCAAGUGCUCGACACCAAGUCAAGGGCUCGUUUCUGUAAGAGGCGAGACCACGACCAAUGUCUGCCGCGACUGUCACAGCAAAUUCACCUUUAAAAUUCCCGAGGUCAAGUUCCUCUUUAUCUCCCCUGGAUCGCUUCCCCCGCCUUCUUCAGCUGGCCUUCGCCGGAAGCAAGAGAAGCUGGGACUACAUGCAGGCGACCAACUCCCAGAUAGGGGUACCUGCUCCCACUACCGCAAGUCCUACCGCUGGUUCCGUUUCUCAUGUUGCAAUCGUGUGCACAAGUGCGACAAGUGCCACGACCAGGCUGAGGAUCAUAUCAACGAGUGGGCAAACAGGAUGAUCUGUGGUUUCUGCAGCCGUGAGCAAAACUACGCCGUCGAAGCGUGUCGCUUCUGCGGCCGUAGCGUGAUUGGCAGGAGAGGCAAGGGAUUCUGGGAGGGCGGUAAAGGAAACAGAGAUAAGACGACGAUGAGGAAGAAUGACUCGAGGAAGUACAGGAGGAUUGGAGGUUCUGCGGCAAAGAAGGAUUGAGUGAGACGGGUCAAAUGAGAUGUCUCGGGUUGUUAAUGUAGAUUAAAGGGGCGCCUUGGAGAGUGUUUGAAGAGUAUCACUGCAAAUGCUCAAUUAGCUAUCCAAUAUAUGAAGGUGA